AUGGGCAAGUACAUAAGGAAAUCGAAGGGAAUUGGUGAAGCAGAUGUGGUGGAGGUGAACCACGCCAAAGCCUCCACCCAAUCCUCACUCGGUGUUCGUACAAGAGCCAAAACCCUAGCACUUCAGAAAUCAUCGCCGGCGGCAAUUAGUGGUGAUGAUGGUUCGUAUCUGCAGCUGAGGAGCAGGCGACUGGUGAAGACCGCAUCCCCAGUUGUGGCAGAAGGUAAAAGACGGAAAGACCUUAAGCCAAAAUCAGGCAAGGGUGAAGUGGUUCCCAGAAAUUCGGAGGAGGAAAAGGAGGAAAUUGAUGGGGUGGAGAUAAAAUUGGGGGCGGAGGAAAAUGAUCGGAAGGAUGAGAAAAAUGGUGGUGAUGGAGAAAUGGAGGCUUCAUUUGGAGAGAAUUUGCUGGAAUUUGAUGAUAAAGAAAGGACCACUAGGGAGAGUACCCCGUGCAGUUUGAUCAGGGAUCCAAACACUAUCGAGACUCCGGGUUCAAGUAACCGGCCCACCACUCAUAAUGCAGCCAGUAGCAGGGCACAAAAUCCAAUGCUAAGGCACAUCCCAACUGCAGGUGAAAUGGACGAGUUUUUUGCCGGUGAAGAAAAGCAGCAGCAGACACAAUUUAUCGAGAAGUACAACUUCGAUCCGGUGAAUGACAAACCCCUUCCUGGACGAUAUGAAUGGGUGAAACUUAAACCCUAG